UAAAAUAAGAGAAAAUUCAAUCGGCACUGAUAGUUUUUGUUGCUUUUUAUAUGCAUUUUAGAGCUGUACAAAAUGUAAUUGCACAGAAGCAUUGUGGCCUUUUGGAUAUGCUAAUAAAUCAGCCAACACUUGUCUCAUUGCAGAUCACGAAUGUUCACAGCAGCCGGGCUCUUGAUGUUCAAUUCCUGGACUCUGGCACUGUGACGUCUGUGAAAGUGUCCGAGCUCAGGGAAAUUCCCCCUCGGUUUCUCCAAGAAAUGAUUGCAGUACCACCUCAGGCUAUAAAGUGCUGUUUAGCAGAUCUUCCACAGUCUAUUGGCAUGUGGACACCAGAUGCUGUGCUUUGGCUAAGAGAUUCUGUUUUGAAUUGCUCAGACUGUAGCAUUAAGGUGACAAAAGUGGAUGAAACCAGAGGGAUGGCACAUAUUUAUUUAUUUACCCCCAAGAACUUCCCCGACCCUCACCGCAGUAUCAAUCGCCAGAUCACAAACGCAGACUUGUGGAAGCAUCAGAAGGAUGUGUUUCUGAGUGCCAUAUCCAGCGGAGCUAGCUCCCCCAACAGCAAGAGUGCGAACACCUCCAUUGUGGGCAACACUGGAGAGAAUUUCAGAAAGAGCCUCUCGGAUAUCCUCAAAAAGUCGUUGGUAGACCAUACCAGCUCUUUCUCCAUGGAGGAGCUGCCACCUCCUGUCCACUUGUCCAAGCCAGGGGAACACAUGGAUGUGUACGUGCCAGUGGCCUGUCACCCGGGCUACUUUGUCGUCCAGCCGUGGCAAGAGAUACAUAAGCUGGAAGUUCUGAUGGAAGAGAUGAUUCUUUAUUACAGUGUGUCUGAGGAGCGCCAUGUGGCAGUGGAGAAAGACCAAGUGUAUGCUGCAAAAGUGGAAAAUAAGUAGGUCCUUGGACAGACAGAGCCUUUUAUUCUCCUCCUAAGAAAAACGUGUAGAAUGAUACCAAGAGUCCUUAAUCCCUGCAGGGGGACUUGGAACUGCACAAAUGGGAAUUUUGAAUGUGAAAUAAGACCAAUGAAUUGUGCAAUUUUCUUAUAUUUAAAAUGAUGCCAUUUAUCUAAAAAUCUAAUGACCCUAGUCCUCUUAAAAACCUCAUUA